CCGCUGUUGAUAGCCAGGCUAGCGGAGAUCCGAAACGCCAGCUCGGGCAAGGCUUGGUACACCUACGAGCACACCUUCAGCUCCCAAGUACUCAAGUAUGCCUUCCGGUUUGUUUGCGACAGCAACUACUACGGGGCCAACUGCACCGAACUGUGCCGGCCCCGAGACGAUAAGUUCGGCCAUUACACCUGUAGCAGCAAUGGCACCAAAGUCUGUCUCGACGGGUGGGAUGGCCAGUACUGCGAGAUUGCUUUGUGUUUACCUGGCUGUGACGCAAACAAUGGAUUCUGCGACCAGCCCAACGAGUGCAAUUGCCGCUUAGGAUACCAGGGCAAAUUCUGCAAGGAUUGUACCCCUUUUCCAGGCUGCCAGCGAGGCCACUGUGAAACUAAGCCUUUCCAGUGCGUCUGUGAAGAGGGAUGGGGUGGUCUUUACUGUAACCAAGAUCUCAACUUCUGCACGCACAACAAACCCUGCAGAAAUGGGGCUGUGUGCCACAACAUUGGACAGGGUGGCUACAACUGCACAUGUGUUGGAAGCUACACCGGGGUCAACUGUGAGAUUGAGGUGGAUGAUUGCAAGAACAUGCCUUGUCUGAACAAUGGAAUCUGCAAGGAUAUUGGAAAUGGAUUCCAAUGCCAGUGUCCAAAGGGCUUCUAUGGGCGCCAGUGUGAGAAGGAAGCCGACUCUUGUAAAGCCAAUCCUUGCAUGUUUGGGAGCACCUGUGUGGACAACGAAGAACUCUACUUCUGCCUUUGUGAGCCCGGGUACACAGGUUUCAACUGUGACAUGGCCAUUAAUGAGUGUGAACCGGCGCCUUGCCUCAAUGGUGGCAGCUGUGUUGACCAGCUGAAUGGCUACCGAUGUGUGUGUCCAGUUGGCUAUAGUGGUGCCCAGUGCCAGAACAAUGAAGACGACUGUCACCAGAAGCCAUGUCUAAACAACGGUAUCUGCAUUGACCUGGUCAACGACUUUCGCUGCCAGUGUGUGCCAGGGUUCGUGGGAACACUGUGUCAGGACAACGUCGAUGACUGUGAAAUGCGACCAUGUGCGAACGGUGGCCGUUGCACCGACCUGGUUAACGACUUUAGUUGUGACUGCGCUGCCGGCUUUGAGGGAAAAGACUGUAGCAUGCAGAUUAAUGAAUGCAAGAGCAACCCUUGUCUUCACGGAGGCAUAUGCAAAGACUUGUUUGCUGAUUACUCCUGCUCCUGCCCUGAGGGAUUCUGGGGUAAAAACUGCCACCUGUCUGAAGAUGUAAUGAUUAAUAAUGACCUCAGCAGCCAUUCAAAUACAACUAAGCAACCACCUCAGCGAACCAGUCCAGGCAAUGGCUAUCUCCUAGUUUUAUUUUUGCUUCAUCUUCUUGUGAUUCUUUUGUGUUGGUUUCUCAGCUGA